GCGCCAUCAACCAAAACACCAAAAAAACUUGAGCGCCAUAACCAAAUCAGUGAAUUUGAGCGCCAUAACCAAAUAGUUUCAACAAAAAUCAAAACCAUUCAUAGGUUUCUCUCUCCUCCUUUGUUUUCUCUCUUCAUAACCAGAAGUCUCUUCAUAACCCGAAGAAACUGUGAUUCAUAUCUUAUGAUAAUGGUCCGGAUUUUUAUUUUCCGACGUUCUUCCAACCCUAAUUUUAUCUCCCAGUUUCGCGUUCCGAGUAGCUAUAUGUCGGCUGACCAGACCGCAAUUAGCUCAAGACCUGGUGGUGGUGGAAGCAAUCGAGGCCCUCGAUUUCUCGGACCCCGAUUCGAUUCUUCUUCUUCAUCGACUUAUGCUGCUGCUGCCUCUGACAAUCUCCGUCCUCAUGGCGCCGCCUCAGUGAAGGUGUAUGAAUAUAUAACCUAUGAUAAUGAAAGACACAUAGCCCUCGCGUCACUUCCAGGAAUGCAAGAGAGAACCAUCAUCACUUCCUCCUUGUCUAAAACUUAUUAUGUGACAGGGCAUAAAAGGGUAGUGACCUUAAGAGAGGUUGUUGAGUGCCCCUGCAUGCAUUGCUGGUGCUAUAAGAAAUAUCCACGUAAGGCUUAUUACAAGUCACUGAGAGAAGACUAUGAAUUAAGAAGAGACUUCAUAACAGAAAUGCUCAGUGGUAUUGGUUUCCAGGUUGAGUUUAAGCCUCAGGGUUCGUUUUUCAUAUUCGCCGAGCUACUAGAUUGUUGUGAACAAAUUUGUAUUUGUAUUUUUUCUCUCAUUCUCCCGUCCUCUGUUUUUUUUAAGGUUCCCAAAAGGAGAUUCUAUGGGAGACAUACAUGGACCAAUUGAUAACUGGAACAGCCCUUCAACUUUUAAGGCGUUAUGACAAGAAACCAUGAAACUUGCUUGAUGAUGUAUUGUUUCAUCUUUACUUAUUUUGUACAUUCAUGAAGAACAAUCCAUUUACUAUCUUGUAAAAUGGUAUUAAAAAUUUAUAGUUGAGUACCAAAUUCAAUUACUAUCUUAGAAAAUGGUACUGGAAUAGUACUAAGUAGCUUGUGACUUUAUAAAAUGGUAUCGGAAAUUUGGUACAA